CAGCCGCGAGGCAGAAACGCUUCCGCCGAGCCCAGUCCAGUGACCCGUCCUAGCCCCUCCUCCCCGCGCCUCCCCUCAGGGACCGAGAAGCGCCGCGGCACGAACGUAAUAGCUCUUCAAGUCUGCAGUAAACAAUGGCCUCCAAUAAAACUACAUUGCAAAAAAUGGGAAAGAAACAGAAUGGAAAGAGUAAAAAGGUCGAAGAGGCAGAGCCUGAAGAAUUUGUGGUGGAGAAAGUAUUGGAUCGACGUGUAGUGAAUGGGAAGGUGGAGUAUUUCCUGAAGUGGAAGGGAUUUACAGAUGCUGACAAUACUUGGGAACCUGAAGAAAAUUUAGAUUGUCCAGAGUUAAUUGAAGCAUUUCUUAAUUCUCAAAAAGCUGGUAAAGAAAAAGAUGGUACAAAAAGAAAAUCUUUAUCUGACAGUGAAUCUGAUGAUAGCAAAUCAAAGAAGAAGAGAGAUGCUGCUGACAAACCAAGAGGCUUUGCCAGAGGUCUUGAUCCUGAACGAAUAAUUGGUGCCACAGACAGCAGUGGAGAAUUGAUGUUUCUCAUGAAAUGGAAAGAUUCAGAUGAGGCUGACUUGGUGCUGGCAAAAGAGGCAAAUAUGAAAUGUCCUCAGAUUGUGAUUGCUUUUUAUGAAGAGAGAUUAACUUGGCAUUCUUGUCCAGAAGACGAAGCUCAGUAAUUGUUUGCAUUGUUUUUUUAUAUAUAUUUAUAUAUAUAUAUAUAAAAUCUGGGUCUUGGUUUUUGAUUUACUAGUGUGAAGAAAUAACUACAUUCUAAUGAAAAUCAAGUUUGAUACAUUGGUUUUGAAAGUAGUAUUGGGGGAGUUGUGAAUUUUUUUAUUUUUUUUGCAUCGAUAGCACUGGUUACUUCUAACAGAUAAAAGCUUUCUGUAGUUGCUUCCUUUAUCAGAAAAGAACAUUUGCUUUUCUGAAUAUUGAGGAAAGUUGUCAUAGUCAGUUCUUCAAUCAGGACUUGAUUUUAACUAAUACUAAAGGACCAUUCUGGGUUGUUGUAUGUGUAUACUUUUAUAAAUGGUUUUCUUUUUUUGUUUUUGCUUUUAAAUUUUACCAAAAGAAAAACCAUGGGAAGACCCAUGUUUCUGAGGUUCCAUCAUUCUGAGCAACCUAAGAAAUAAGUCCCUUCAAGUUAAACUGAAGAUUUUCAUGAAGCCAUAACCUUUUAAAUUAAUUAGUUUGUAAGUCAUUUGGACAAGUUAAAUUAGAUAAUUUAAAAGAAGCCAUAUCAGAACCUGUAUCUAAAUCUAUAGUCAUAAAUGCAAUGGCUUAUAAAAAUUGUAUUGGUACUAGUAGUCAUCCCUCCCAAGAUCAGAAAAUAGACCUCCUGGUGUGCUGUAAUAAACUAAGCAAGGUAAAUGGACAUUUGAAUAUUUGUUCUAGCGAGCCAUUACUUUACAAACACCAAAAUCGCUGUGCUGUAUCGACUAAAAGGCCAUGAUUCAUGGAAUGACUAAGACUUGGCUCCUGAAAACCUGAUCAGAUUGUUAUUAGGACCUGCUGGCAUAAGUGGGUCAACAAGUGGUUGUAAUCUAAAUUAUUGACCUGCAUGUUUUGUCUUUGUCCCGUCUCAUUCCUUACAUGUAGGCUCAAUCUUCGCGGUAUUUGGGUUACUGGUUCAGCAGAUGCCAGGAAAAAUAACUUUGUAGUAAUCAGAAUGUUAUCCAACUGUAUAUUGUUUACUUUAUUGUAAAUACUGGUGAACAGUGGUCAAUAAAUAGUUUUAUAUUCCUUUAUGUGA